UCACAAUCAUGGAUCAGUAAUCACAGACAUGACUUGCCUGUUAAAUUUAAUAUCUUACUAUCUUAGUCCGUGCUAUACGAAUAUACGUUACAUAUACCUACCUAAUUGUUCUAUGGUAAUACGUAAAUUAUAUAUUCUAUUUUAUGCCUUUUGUUUAAGUAUAAAAGCCUAUGUUCCUUAUAAUCUAUGGUGGAACGGUGGCGUACUUGCAUAGCUAAAUCUAUGGAAAUGUCAUCUUCAUUCUCACGAGUUACGAAUCACGAACAUUUUAUAGAAAAAAAAUAUUUGUGAAUAUGUAACAUUUGUAUCAAUCAACUUACAAAAUGGCUAGUUUACCAGAAACAGCAAGUACCACUAAUAAUGAAGAUUCAAAAACCUCAGUAAAAAAUGAUGAAAUAUUAUUGCGAUUUGAACCAUUAUCAUCUUGUCUUGAUCCUAAUUUUUGGUUCAAAGUUUGUCAAUUAAAGUUAGAAGUGGAUAAACUAGAUGAAGUCCAUAGACCAUUGAUUGGAUACUAUACUUCAAAUAAUAAUCCAUUUAUGUCAUUUGACUGUUCAUCCUUCAACCAAGAAGUUAAUGAUGAAACGUCUCUUAAAUAUAUUGCUCGUGGCUACUGUUUAAAUAAAAAUACAAUAGAAUCAUUUAAAAUAUGUGAUAAAAAUGAGUUAUUAAAAGAAUUUGGUGAACGUUUAUUAGAUGAUUUCCGUUCUGGUAAAGCUAUUGAAGACCCAUCCAUAAUUCCAGCUUUUCAUGUAUUAAUGUACACAGAUUUAAAACGAUAUAUUUUUUACUAUUGGUUUGCUUUCCCAUCAUUUUCCGGGCCAAAGUAUUGUCUAAACGAUGUACCUACUCUUCUUAAAAAUACAUUUUCUCCUACACAGUUUGAUUUAUUGGUUUUUGGAUUUAAAAAUCUAAAAAUUGAUCAAAGAGGAUUUUUUGGAGUUGUAUCUUCACAAGAAGGAAACCUUACAGUUAUGACUUUAAAAGAGUACAUUGAUUUCUUUAAAAAUAAUACAGAAAUUGGUUCAGUUGGUUAUUUAGUAUUUGCUGAUCCAUCAGAUUUAUUGAAUAAUCCUGGAUGGCCAUUACGAAAUCUUCUGUAUUUAAUUUUAUUUCACUGUCCCUCCAUGAGAACUUCAAUUUUGAGAGUAAUAGCAUUAAGAGGUUCUCCUACUACUACAUUUUCAGCGAGCAUGUUAUUUAAUAUAAAAGUAUCUUCUGAAAAUAUUUUUAAACAAGAUGCUAUUAAAUAUGUGGGCUGGGAAAAAAAUGCUAAAGGAAUAUUCUGUCCAAAAUAUGUAGACCUCAGUAGAACAAUGGACUCUACAAAACAAGCAAAGGAAUCUGUAGAUCUAAAUCUUAAGUUAAUGAAAUGGCGCAUUGCUCCUGAUUUAAACUUAGAAAUUGUUGCUCAAUCAAAAUGUCUAAUUAUUGGGGCUGGCACACUUGGUUGUUGUGUGGCUAGAAAUUUAUUGGCAUGGGGUGUUCGUAACAUAACAUUUAUCGACUCUGGGAAAGUAUCGUAUUCAAAUCCAGUAAGACAGUCAUUAUACAGGCAUUCUCAUUGCAUCAAUUCAAAUACUUACAAAGCAAUAGCUGCUGCUGAUGUAUUACGUGAAAUACAUCCAGAAAUUAAUAGUACUGGUGUGGUUAUGAGUAUUCCAAUGCCUGGCCACGCGGCAAACAUUGAUGAUCAUAAAAAUGUAGAUUUACUAUCAAAAUUAAUAGAAGAUAAUGAUAUUAUAUUUUUGUUGACGGAUUCUCGAGAAAGUCGUUGGUUGCCUACCAUGUUAUCUACAUUACACAAUAAGCUUGCCAUAACUGCAGCAUUAGGAUUUGAAUCAUAUUUAGUUAUCAGACAUGGAGUUAAAGUACCAGAUGUUUCUACUGGUGAACAAAAAUUAGGCUGCUAUUUUUGUAAUGAUGUCACAGCACCGGGAAAUUCACUCGCAGAUAGGACACUUGAUCAGCAAUGCACAGUCACCAGACCUGGUGUUUCCAACAUAGCAGGAGCUUUGGCUGUCGAGUUAUUUGUGUCAUACAUUCAAUUGAAGUCCAAUGUGUUGGCGAAUGCUAAAUCUUGUUUAGGGAUUGUACCUCAUUCCAUAAGAGGAUUUAUAUCUGAUUUUCAGCAGAUAAUACCCUUUACUUCAAGUUUUUUUCAGUGUAUUGCAUGUUCGACAAUAGUGAUUAAUGACUUUUUGAAUAAAAAAGAAGAGUUUUUAAACAAUGUUUUUACAAAUCCUAACUAUUUAGAAGAUUUAACUGGAUUAACCAGUCUUAAGAAUGAAUUUGAAAACAUGGAAAAUUUUGAAAUUGAUGAUUCCGAUAUUGAAGAUUCUGGAACUUAUAGUGAACGUGUGUGAUACAUUUUAUAGAUUUAUACGUUAAUUUUAUUAUAUUGUUUGUUAUUAUGAUUAUUUACUCAAAAUUUCUUUUUUCAUGUAUGAAUGUAAAGCUGGUAGGUAAUUUGUCAAGUAUUUUAAUUUUUAAAAUUCAAUUGUAUUAAUAUAUACAGUGCUGAAUAAUAUGUUAGUUUAUAAUUGUUUCAAAUAUGAUUGAGAUUUGCAUUGUUUUGAAUUUCAGUAUAACAGUUUAUUAGUACCUAUGCCCUAAAUCAUACAAUAUAAAAACAUAUUGAAACAUGAAA